UCACGCUUGAAAUGCACAGAAAAAGAGACAACGAGGAGAGAAAGAAAGCGUGAGAGCACAGACAGAGAGCGAGAGAGCCAUGGAUCCAAACCAGCAGAGACCAGGAAUUCCACCAAAUCGCCCUCAGCCACCACCUCAAGGCGGCGGCGGCGACUCCUCGGCCAUUCUCUUUGUCCUCUUCGCUUUCCUCGCCAUUUUUUUCGCCGUGACCGUUCUUCCAACAUCAUCAACUAUAUCAAUUCUGCACCAAGUCCCAGAAGGUCAUGUUGGGGUAUAUUGGAGAGGAGGCGCUCUUCUGAAGACAAUUACAGAUCCAGGUUUUCAUCUCAAGCUACCUCUGGUCACCCAUUUUGAACCCGUUCAAGUGACCCUGCAGACUGAUCAGGUAAGGGAUAUUCCAUGUGGUACAAAAGGGGGUGUCAUGAUCAAUUUUGAGAAGAUUGAGGUCGUAAAUCGGCUUCAUAAGGAAUUUGUGUACGAGACGCUUCUCAAUUAUGGCGUGCAAUAUGACAAUACAUGGAUAUAUGACAAAAUUCAUCAUGAGAUCAAUCAGUUCUGCAGCUCACAUUCUCUUCAAGAAGUGUAUAUUGAUGUGUUCGAUCAGAUUGAUGAACAGAUGAAAGAAGCCCUUCAAGGUGACUGUACCCGCUACGCUCCAGGCAUUGAAAUCAUCAAUGUCCGUGUUACAAAGCCAACCAUCCCGGAGAGUAUAAGACGUAACUUUGAGCAAAUGGAGGAGGAGCGCACCAAGGUCUUAAUUGCUAUAGAGAGACAGAGAGUAGUGGAGAAAGAGGCAGAAACCAAGAAGAAGAUGGCUAUCAGCGAGGCUGAGAAGAACGCCAAUGUCAGUAAGAUUCUCAUGGAACAAAAGUUGACGGAGAAGGACAGUGCCAGGAGGCAGCAGGAGAUUGACAAUCAGAUGUACACAGCUCGGGAAAUGAGCCUUGCGGAUGCUGAUUUCUAUAAAGUCAUGAAGGAAGCUGAAGCAAACAAGUUGAAGCUUACUCCACAGUUUCUUGAGCUUAAAUUCAUCGACGCCAUUGCUGAUAAUACUAAGAUUUUCUUCGGAGACAAGGUUCCCAAUAUGAUUCUGGAUCAGAGGUUGCUGGGGAACUUCUUACAGGUGCCGACAGAGGUAUCGAAAGAAGUGUCCGUGGAAGCUAACUCAGAAGGUGGUGAGGACAAUCCAGAAGUCCAAACGGUCUGAUGUAAUUCCUAUUCCUCGAGUUUGGAUAGGUACAUAACACAAUAGUGAGAAAGAAACUAGACUUUUGCAGCAAAAUUUGUUUCGAUUUUUAUCUGCGGUUAAAUGUCCGCAUUUGAUUCUUUAUUUGCUUCGUAGUCCUCGUUUGGUGUGUUGGCCUGAACAUGAGGUGCCACUCGUAUGGUACCUUAUUAGCAUACUUAACAAGGUAAUGUAUGAGUGAUAAUGAUAGUGUACAGGGUAUUGGGUUUUUAUUCAUGCGUUACUGGUUUGAAACUUCACUCCUUUAUAUUAUUGUAAUAGUUUCGAAAAUGAUAGCGUAGAUGGUGUUGGUUUUCACUCA